AAAAAUAACAAUGAAACCUUUUAAAAUAUCUUUUUAUUUGACAUUGGCAUUGCACCUUUACGAUUUUCUUGAACGCCCGGCGUUGGUUCAUUUUCUUGGCUGUAUGAUGAAGUCUUGUGAGUCUACACUUUCUCCCGGCUCUUUUGAUUGGGAUUUAGAGUCAGAGAUAAAGUUGUUUCAUGCACUCAUGUCUCAUAAGCCUGUUGGUGUUGAUAGGCACUUCCAAAUGAUAUACAUAAUGAAUUAUUUAAGUACUUCACUCGACAAGCCGAUUACGGCAUCUCAAGUCUGGAAAAGACUCUCCGAAAUGUAUGAUAUGGAUGAACUGCAGGAGGCGGAAGUUAUGCCUUUUCCUACAAAGUUAACUGAAUUCGCACUUUCAUCGGAUUUCGACCAACUAAAGGAGGUGAGCUUCCCAAGAGCAAAGUCAUUGAAUGGAGAUUCACUUUCAUCUGGUAACUUACUUAACCACAUUAAGAGGUUUUUUAAUUGUCUUUUAUUAUUCCUUGUCUCCCAUGCCCAAAGUUUGGGAAAUUUGCCCUUACAGUGCGAGAAACUGGUACACAACUCAAUAGUUAUAUAG